UAUGCAUUUCACUUGCGUGGAGCCGUAACAUUCCUUUCUCCCUCUGAUCUUUUCUGCUCUGUUCUGUUCUCUCUCUUUUCUCUGUUCUCUCUCCCUUUAUUGCUUUCUCCCCCUCAUUGUACCUCAAUCUCUCUGUGCUUGUACUUGUGUGUGUAUAUGUGUGUGUGUGUCAGAGAAGCUGAAUCAAGAGAGGAUCAAAUCAAGCAUUCUUUCUCAGAACCAUUCACAUCCAAGGAAAUAUGUGGCUAUCGGUGGUGUUGCUUCUGCUUGGAUUCUCAGCCCUGGUUCAGGUGUCAGUGCAGGGUCCACACCAGAGGUAUCUGCUGAAGGAGUUAUUAAAGGACUACAAUCGCAUGGAGAGGCCAGUGGCCAAUGACUCUCUUCCUCUCACUGUUAAAUUCUCAAUGAUCCUGGCACAGAUUAUGGAUGUGGAUGAGAAGAAUCAGAUCCUCACUACCAAUUUAUGGCUUCAGAUGCACUGGUAUGAUCACUAUCUCCAGUGGAACCAGUCUGAGUAUCCUGGGGUGAAGAACCUGAGAUUCACCACUGACCAGGUCUGGACACCUGACAUUCUCCUCUAUAACAGUGCGCAUGACAAGUUUGAUUCCACCUUCAAGACCAAUGUUCUGGUUAACUCCAGUGGCUUCUGCCAGUAUCUUCCACCUGGGAUCUUCAUGAGCACGUGUAAUGUGGAUGUACGCUGGUUCCCCUUUGACAUCCAAAGAUGUGAGCUGAAGUUUGGCUCGUGGACCUUUGAUGGCUGGUUGUUGGACCUGCAAAUGAACGAGGCCAACACCUCUGGGUACAUGACUAAUGGAGAAUGGGACUUGAUCGGAGUUCCAGGUAACCGGAACGUGGUGUAUUAUGAGUGCUGCAAGGAGCCGUACCUGGACGUGACGUUCAUGGUGACCAUCAGACGGCGCACGCUGUACUACGCCCUGAACCUGCUGAUCCCCUGUAUGCUCCUCUCCUCCAUGACCCUGCUCAUCUUCCUCCUCCCUGCCAACUCCGGGGAGAAGAUCUCUCUGGGCAUCACUGUGCUCCUCUCUCUCACCGUGUUCAUGCUGUUGGUGGCAGAGAUUAUGCCAGCUACAUCAGACUCUAUACCUCUGAUCGGUCAGUACUUUGCCAGCACCAUGAUCAUCGUGGGUAUGUCCGUGGUGGCCACAGUUGUGGUGCUGCAGUACCAUCAUCAUGACCCUAAUGGAGGAAACAUGCCGAAAUGGGUCCAGCUGGUUCUGCUGCACUGGGUGGCCUGGUUUCUGCGGAUGAAGCGUCCCGGGGAGAGAGGGGAGCCCAGCCACACCCCCUGCGCCCCCCAGCUGCGCCGCUGCUCCUCGGGCUCCCAGAACAGGAGCCUGCCCACCCCCGCGGAGCGGUCCCUGCACUCCAACCUGACGCCCCUGAAGGCCAGGCUGUCCUACCUGAGCCACACGCACAACUCCCUGCCGCACCUGCACACUCAGACCAGCGCCAACAACAACAGCAACCUGCUGUACAUCGGCUUCCCCAGCCUGGACGACCCGCCCCUCAUCGCCGAGCACGUCCACAGGACCAGCACCAUCACCCGCAAGGGCGGCUCCGGCGGUCUGGCAGGGAGCCCCCCGUCCCCGGGGCCCACCCUGGACGCCCUGGGCUGCCCCAGCAGCGUGUCCAGCGGCUUCGGCCCCGCGGUGGGGGCCGGGUACCUGGGGGCCUCCCACCACGCUUUGGGCGACCCCCAGCUGCAGGCCAUCCUGGAGGAGGUGCGCUUCAUGGCCGACCGCUUUCGGGAGCAGGACGAGAGCGGCGUGAUGGCGGACCAGUGGAAGUUCGCGGCGGCCGUCAUCGACCGGCUCUGCCUGGUGGCCUUCAGCGUCUUCAACAUCAUCUGCACCAUCUCCAUCCUCAUGUCCGCCCCUAACUUUGUGGAGGCCAUGUCCAAGGACUUCAUCUGAGGGAGAACUGUGUGUGUGUGUGUGUGUGUGCAUGCAUGUGUGUGCAGCUGUAUGUGUGUGUGUGUGUGUGUGUUUGCGCGUACGUGGGAAGAGGGGGGUUGAGAGGAACAGUGGAGCGGAGUGGCUUCGUCUUUCUCUGAGGAGGUGGGACUUCACCACCGAGCGAGGGAAAGAAGAAAGGAAUAGAAAGUGGAGAGGUGAAACAAGUUUGAUGGGAAACAAAGAGGCACGAUAGGUGAGCAACCCUUUGUGAAAGAUAGAGAAGUUUCGGAGAGAGAAACAAAGGUGCUUUAUUUUUGACAGACAAUACGUUGAGCCGCCUUUCACCAAAGGCAGAGCAUUCAGGAGAGGGGGAACGCUCCAGAUUCAGACAAUUCAGACCCUUCUUUGUGUCAUUCAGCUGUGUAACUGACAUCCUUCUUUGUACGAUUGUAUUGACCAUUUGUCAGUUGGUAAUUAGGAGAGAUCCAGAGGAGUCAUGGGACUGCAGUGAUUCACUAAAUCUUUUUAGCACUGGCCACCCUAGGAUGUGUGCAUCAUUGUUCAGCAGUGAAUCAGUUGAGCUGAGAUUGUGACUUGUGCGCUUGCAUUAGAUUGUACUCUUCUGAAAGAUAUUGCUGGAACACAUUUGGCAGCUGACACGCUUUCCCCUCUCUACCUCUGAAUCUGAACUGAUUUCCUAUGAUCUCUCCGUAAAAAAUGGAAAUGUUGAAUGUGCUAUCUCUGAAUAUGCAUCCAAAAAUAAAAAAUAUUAUUUUCUA